UACCGUCAUCGUUCCGACCGUUCGCACCGUCCUCGAGUUGCCUCGCGCUAGAAGCCAGUGCUUUGGGUCCCCUACUAAACAAACUUCGCCCUCGACCCAGUUUGACGGAUUCCUUUUUAUCUAUUUCGCCUGCCAGUUUUCUUUAUUUAUGCCCGCGAGCAAGUUAAACCUAAUUCCGCUUGUCUGGUUCUGGUCCUCUUUCACCUGACGGACCGAGCUUCUGGGACCGUGGGAUUGCUGGUAGGAUUUAGUUUUGGGAAUACAUCAAAUUCCCCAUAUCAUUACAUACGUUUUUUUCUUUCUUUCUGAGGUAGAAUGUCCACAAUGCUUCCCAUUCAGCCCGAGUCAAAUCUGGUGAAUGUCAUUAUCCCUCAGGCAGAACCGAAAAUGUUCGCUCGCGAGCAGCGCAUUACUAGGGGCGGUAGACAUUUAUGGUACCAAUUGGACGUUCUGCAGCAGCCCGAACGUGCGAGAGCAUGUGGUUCCGGACCCAAGUCUUCUGCCGACCGUCGGCCAGUCGAUCCGCCGCCUGUUGUGACCCUGAGGGUCUUUGAAGGAGAGCAUUUCGAAGGUGCUAGGGAUAUCACGUUCGACUAUAAUGUCGAUUUCUUCUGUUACGCCUCACUUGAACAUGCCCGCCCCAUGGCCCACGGCAGGGUGCAAACCCCGGCGGCCACGUCGCCUCCCGUACUUACCGGAUUCCCAGUAUCAGGAUGCUGUUACCUCGACCGACCCGACCCAGCUGGAUACUUUUUAUUCCCGGAUCUUUCAGUUCGCCACGAAGGACGUUAUCGCUUGGUGUUCAGUUUAUACGAGUUGAUUAAAGAGGAACAAGACCAGGACCGAGAUGCGCCCCUUCCGGACCACGAUGAUGGGAUGUCAGAUCUUAGUGCAGGAAAUGCCAACCACCGAAUGGACCUCAGGUCAUCAGACUUCAUCGUCUAUAGCGCGAAGAAAUUUCCCGGGUUAACCGAGAGUACCUCCCUGAGCCGCACGGUUGCCGAGCAAGGUUGUCGAGUCCGUAUUCGUCGAGAUGUUCGCAUGAGACGUCGCGACACCAAGGCAUCUGCAGCUAGCGAAUAUGACAACAAUGCGGAAGAAGAGUACGCUCGACGUCAGAGACAUAGAACGCAGACUCCGGAAGCCUAUCGUGCUCGGUCCAUGAGUAACUCGAGCAUGGAUCGUGCCUCGUAUGCACCGGAGCACCCGCGGCGCCCAUCGAAUGCUGAAUAUGGCCCGCCGCCACCAUUAUAUCAAAAUAGCCAAGCUCCUUCGACUAUGCUCAACUUCGGACAUGGUGGAAAUACAGGUUUCGCCCAGCCUUACGGACCUGCACCAUCUUCUAGUCAAUCGACUCCCGUGUCUCCUGCGGCAUCGAUAUUCCCUCAGAGUAACAACUUCCCACCGCCGCCGCCAUCACCUAGUUAUGCACCUCCGGGUUAUCCUCAUUACGAAUCCCCUGUUAGUGAUCCGGAUCUUAGGAGAAGAUCUUCAUCCAGUUACUCGACAAUCUCGGCCAAACCAACGGCCCCGUAUCCACUGGCCCGAGCACCUACUCGGCCGCCUACCUCCUCUUCCGUCGGGCCCAUGCCUCCGCUUUCUGCUAUAAUUGCAAGCCCGAAAAUGUCUCCAAAUUAUUAUCCCGAUCGUUCCGGCUCGAUAUCAGCACUUUCUAGACCGAUGUAUCCACAGAUCGAGUCUCGAUCUGUGAAGCGCUCAAUCGAUGAGCUCACAUCUAGUUCCCAACAGGGCCGUAAUGUCAACGGUGACCGUCCUUCGAUAGACUAUCCUGGAGUUCCGUUUUAUAGACGGGCCGACGGCUCGCAGCGGCCAGCCGCAUUCCCCGAUUCCAUCGCGUAACGAAUAUAGCAUAUUUACGGAUGUUUUUACUGACAAUGUCAACGGUCUGCAAUGGAGUUGGGUGUUGAUCGGCGCCCAUGACCUUUGCUGUUUGCUUUUUGUAUAUACUCUAGGGAGCUGUAUUUGAUUGAUGGCAGCAUUUUUCAUUCUCAUGUUCCCGCCAAUUUUUUUUAUUUUUACCUUACCACUCAUUUGCAUUAGGUUCAUCAUUUUAGCAUAUCAGGCUU